AUGGCAUUCAUCAAUGAGAUCAAGGCUAUCCGCCCCACCAUGCUGCCGGCCUUGCUUCUCCUAGGAGACUUCAACCUCCUUUGCAAGGCUGCGGACAAGAGCAACGCCACCAUCAGCCGCAGACUGAUCAAUGCUUUCACUUCUGCUCUGAACUCCAUGGAACUCUCUGACCUGCGACUUCACGGUCGACGCUUCACCUGGGUGAGCUCUUGCCAGCUGCAGACAAAGACCAAAAUUGAUCAUGUUUUCUGCACCUUGGACUGGGGACUGCUUUUCCCCCAAUGCUACCUGAGGGCCUUAUCCUCCUCGGUCUCUGACCACUGUGCCAUGGUUCUCACUGGACAGAUCAACCACCGGCGCUUCCGCGGCUUCCGUUUUGAAAAUUAUUGGUUAAAGAUGAGAGGUUUUGAUGAUGCGAUUAUCCUUGGCUUGGACCAUGCUCAAGACCACACAGACCUUACUAUUGCUGAAAUCGGUCUAAGGCACUAUCUAAAGCGCAAAUUGCUUGGCCUUGCUGCAAUCCAACGCAUCAGGAUCAGGCAAAGAUCAAGGGUCUUAUGGCUUCGUGCGGGUGAUGCUAAUUCUCGGCUGUUUCACAUCAAGGCCAACGGGAGACGCCGCCGCAAUUAUAUUCCCCUUUUGCAGACCGAUCAUGGCCAAUUCACCACCCAAGCUGACAAGCAUGCUGAGCUUCACAAGCACUUCUCUGUCACCAUUGGCUCAGUUAGAGCAAGGAACCAAUCGCUUAAUUGGGAUGCCUUGGACCUUCCCAGACUUGACCUUUCCUCCCUGGAUGCCCCGUUCACAGAGGAGGAAAUUAAAGCGGCAGUUUUUGGUCUACCUUCCGGUAAGGCGCCUGGGCCGGACGGUUUCACCGCUGAUUUUUUCAAGCACUGCUGGGAGGUGAUUAAGCAUGAUCUUACUGUGGCCAUAUGUCAGUUCUUCAACCUUCGCGGUAAUCAUUGGCACAUGUUGAAUUCUGCUCACAUUACUCUUCUGCCCAAAUCCAAUGAGGCUUCUCGCAUCAAGGAGUUCCGCCCCAUCAGUCUCAUGCACUCUGUCGGAAAGAUUGUUUGCAAGAUGUUGUCCAUCCGCCUGGCUCCGUUCCUAUCAGUGUUGAUCCCUCCCUCCCAGAGCGCUUUCCUCAAGACUCGCAGCAUCCAUGACAACUUCUUGUUUGUCAAGAAUGCCGUCCGGAAAUUACACUCCGUCAACGAUCCUGCUCUACUUCUGAAGCUUGACAUCGCUGGUGCCUUCGACAACGUUUCCUGGUCCUACAUGCUCGAGCUUAUGCCACGACUAGGCUUUGGGAGUAGGUGGUGCGACAUGGUCUUGCUGCUUUGGAGCUCCUCGCCUUCCCGUGUUAUGGCGAAUGGCGAGCUUGGCCAGCCCUUCUCCCACCGGUGUGGUCUACGCCAAGAACAUCACCAGGGCGCUGACAUCCAACCUAUUCUGGACAAGUUGGCUUCCAAACUUCAACGUUGGCGCGGCAAGCUCAUGUCUGGGGACGCUCGUCUGCGGCUUAUUAACUCCGUGCUCUCCGCCAUUCCGGUGUACUUAAUCACCAUCUUUAAGCUUGGUGCUUGGGCCAUCAAGCAAAUCGACAAGCUACGGCGGAACUUCCUAUGGCACUCCCGGCCGGAGGCAGACAAGGGCAUUGCUCUAGUCAACUGGUCCACGGUAUGCCGCCCGAAAUACCUUGGGGGUCUUGGUGUGAUUGAUCUGAAGCAGUUUGGAAGGGCGCUGCGGCUUAGGUGGAAGUGGCUCGAGUGGCGGGACCAGAACAGGCCUUGGGUUGGCUCUCCCACUCCCUGUGACCGAGAUGACGAGGCUCUGUUUGCUGCUGCUACAAAUAUCACCAUGGGCAAUGGUUCGCGGGCUCGCUUCUGGCAAGACCGAUGGCUUCAUGGUGAGGCGCCUUGUCAACUAGCACCUGACGUCUUCCGUCUCUGCUACAGGAAGAAUUUCUCAGUGGCACAGGGACUCGCAGACCAACGCUGGUUGUCGGGUUUGCAUCGCAUAUCCACUGAGCCUGAGCUUCGUCAAUUCACCUUUCUUUGGACAAAGCUGCGGCACUUUGUUCUGGACCCGAACAGGGAAGAUAGUAUCUCUUGGAACCGCACUGUCUCGACGACAUACACUGCCAGAUCGGCAUAUCACGCUCAAUUUCUUGGUUCUGCACCGGUUGCUAAUUACGACAAGUUGUGGAAGGCCAAGGUCGAGGGCAGAUGCAGGUUCUUCUUCUGGCUUUUCCUCAAGGGCAAAAUUCUGACCAACGACAACUUGGCAAGGCGUGCACUCCCGCACAAUCCGAGGUGCAAUCUCUGCGAUCAGGAAGAAGAAUCUGCCUUCCAUCUUAUCCUGCAAUGCCCCUUUGCACGCUCUGUGUGGCACCUGGUGGAGAACUUCCAUUCUGCUCCUGGACUGGCCACGGCUGCCAUGCAUGCCACCUCUAUCAUCUCCUGGUGGAAUGAUGUAAUCUGCCCCCUUGGCAAGAAGACCACUACCACGGCCAUUUACACCUGCUGGAAUAUCUGGAAGGAACGAAACAGACGCGUAUUCGAGCAUAAGACUCUUGCUGAGCAGGGUGUGCUUCUCCUCAUCAACCAGGAAAUUCUUCAACCUAUGCUUUCAUCUCACUGUCUUAGUGAUGUUGAGAACUAG